UUAUAAAAAAGAACUAUGUAUUGUGAUUCUAUUUCUGAUGGCUUGGUGGCUUUAGGUGUGUUUGAUGGAUCCCUGGGAAUAGUGUCUUUAGUUUUAACUAUUAUGUUAGAAGGAACUCAAGAAAAAAUAUACACUCUCAUGUGUUCUAUUACUGAAUUCUGGUGUAUUUGGUUAAUAGUUAGCAUAAUCUAUAAGAAACUCUCAGUAGGUAUUAUUUCAAAUUAUUUUAGGUGUUGUUUGCUCGGUAAAAGAAAUAUUAAUGCUUCCGGAUUAUUAAUUUUCGAGAUAUGUUGCAGGAAUCCUUUCUCUAUUAUAAUUUUCGAUGACAAUUUGUUUACUCAAUAGUGAUAAUAUUAAAAGAUUUACAGGAGAUAGUAGAUUAUAAUAAUUAUUUUUUAGUGUUGGCAUUAGCAAUGUUAGUUCCAGUUUUCUGUUUUUUUAAAGGAAUAGCACUGCUCUUUGUUCUUAUCUAAUAAAUUUUCUUUAUUUUCACAGGAAAAGAAAAAAAUCAUAAUUUUACGUUGAUUUAAGAUUAACAAUAAAAAAAAUAAGUGAUUUUUUUAGGAAUAGUAUUUUUAAUAGUAACAUCACUCUAUUACUUUUUAAAAUCACUAUUCGUAUUUACUAUCUAUAAUAAUUUCGAGGAUUUAAGUACUAAAAUAUUUGCUAUAAUGAUCAUUGUUCAGUCGCUUUUUCUUAUAAUAUUCAGUUCCUUUAUGACUUGUUAAAUGAUAACAAUUUUAAAAUAGAUACCUGUAAAUGAAGAUCCACAUUUGAUGAAUCCAAAUCAAAAAUGCUAUAGAAAUUGGUUUAUCUUAAUUAAAUCAAUAUAUUUUAGUGAUAAAAUGAAAUGGUUAAGAAGGAUAACUUAUUGUUUUUGGUGUAUAUAAUGCAUUUAUGGAUUGAUAUAAUUUCCAUUUUUCCAGCUCAUGUAAAUUACUAAAUCAUAACUUUAUACUAAAACUUCCUUUAUGUAUUUUGAUACUUUUGUGAUGCAAGGUCUUAUUGUGAGUUAAAUCAUAUUAUAUAUGGCCAAGAAACUUCAUUAAAUUUAAGAUGAUGAAGAUCCAUUCUUAUUUAAUAUCAAAGUAUGAAAAUUAUAUAAUCAAUUCAUAGUUUGCUGAUGAAGAUUCGUCUAGAGUGGAAAAGAAAUAAAAAAUAAUUAAUAAAUCAUAAUUGUAAUGUGGGAUUUGUCUUGAAGAUUUAAAGAUUGGAUAAAUAAGAUAGAAACUUACUUGUCAUGAAACUCACAUUUUUCAUCUACUUUGUAUUCAAAAAUGGACUUAAACUUAAAAUAUUUGCCCAAUUUGCAGAACCCCUUGUGAAUGAUAUUUUUAAUUUAUUUAUUCAACAUUAAUUCUACAUUAUAAG